AUGGAUGAUGAAAAAUCUCGCGAAGGAGAUAAUAAUACGGAUAAAAAUAAAAAAAAAUAUGUAAACAAAGAAAAUUCUAAUAAAACGGAGGAAAAAUCGAAUUUUAUUUUGCGUAAAACAAAUUCAUUGGAAACGUUAAACAUCAAUAGGGAAGAUGAACGAGACUUACACGAAUCGAAUUCAUUUUUGACGAGUGAAAAUAAUCAGUCUAUAAAAUCAGAAAUUUCUUAUACCGUUUUAAGUACAAAAAGUGUUCAAGACGUUUUAAUUAGGGAGACUAAUGAUAAUCCUCCUAUUGUGAAUAUAAAAGAUUUAUUUCAUCUUCCAUCCAGCAGCAGCCAAUCAACUUCUCAUAUUAUUAGUAAUAAAAAUGAAACAACAGUAACUGAUAGAGUUUCAAGUGAAAAUCAUCCGACAGAUAUUGAUAAUGAACAAAUCACAACAGUAACAAAUACAAAAGAUACUACAACGGGUAGUAGUUCGAUACCUCGUACUCAAAUUCGAAUACUUUCAACUAUUAACGUAGAUCAACCUGGAUCUAGAAGAUGUAGUAUCGUUGUGACAGAAAGGCCACCCCCUCUACCUCCAGCUUAUACUGGUGAUCAAGAUUUAUACGCUUCUAGAGAAAAUGAAGAAUUAAAUAGAGUUUGCUUACUUCUUAAUUUUUUGUGCUUAGCUAGUUUUGCGGAACCAAUUUGGAGAUCACAUUCUCAACCGGCUUAUUGUCCACGAUGUGGUAUAUUAGUUUUAACAACUACCCAUGCACAUGAAUCUGUUGCUACUCAUGUGGCAGCUUUAGCACUUUGUCUUUUCGGGUGUUGGCCUUGCUGUAUUCUUCCUUAUUGCAUGAACGUGUGUAAAAAUACUUAUCAUUAUUGUUCAGUCUGUCAACUUUAUCUUGGUUCUUAUACUCCAUGGUAG